AUGCUUUCGAAUCGGACGCGUCAUGCUUCUCGGCGCGAGUCUAUGGCUAUACUCCUAAGAUAUGUUGUCCUGGCAUGCUUCUCUGAUCCCGCAUCCCCGCUAGGGAGGUCAUUCGUUGACACCAACAAAGGGCCAGCAAGAUGCGAGAUGACUCCCAUCUCCCCUUUCCCUUUGCGAGACAAGGUGAACAAGGUACUGUAUGUAGAUCUACCGUUCAUUAGCGUCUGA